UUGCUUACCACCGACUCCAAAGCGCUUAAACAGCAAAUUGCUUACCACCGACAACGAAACAGUUGCUUUGCGAGGUUCUAUUCCCACAAACAAAAGAAAAACCAUUUUGUCGGAAAAUCUUCAAGAUAUUUAAAGAUACAAGUAAGACCGUUUGACGAAAUUAAGGAAGACACCACAAUAACAAAUAAUGUACUCACUGAACCAUUCCGACCUUGCGAACUUAAUGCUGCGAUAAAACAGCUCAAGUGCAAACAGUCUCCUGGCGAAGACGAUAUUCAUUCGGAAUUUCUAAUUAGAAUGGGGCCAACAGCCAAUGAAACCAUGCUGACGCUUUUCAACAAAAUCUGGGAGACAAGUCUUGUACCUAACCAAUGGAAAGUUGCUAAUACCAGUACUAAAAAGGGCAAAGACCCUAGCAACUUUGAUCAGUACUAA